CACGGCCUCUUUUUUCCCCCUCGCCCCCUCCGCGUUCCGUCUCUCCACUCCCACCCUCCCUGUCAAGACGGGUACUCCUCCGGCGAGGGCGCCACCUCCACCCUUCCGCCAAGUUCUUCUCCGGCCCGCCCUACCUCAGCAAUCCUUUGACGCUCGACAUCCUUGGUCCCCGGCGCCGCUUCCUCCGGUCAGAGAAAGGAGAAUAACACCUGACUUUCAUAACCAAGAUGACGGAUGACGGCCAAAGCAGCCAACUUGCUGCUCUGGAGAAAGUGUUGCUCGAUGAAACCGCGGAUCCAGUUGAUCUGCCUUUCUCGCUGCUCAGCUCCAUCACAGGAAACUUCUCUGAAGAUAAUGAAAUCGGCAGGGGUGGGUUCGGAGCGGUUUACAAGGGAGUGCUUCCAAGUGGUCGCACUGUCGCCGUGAAGCGGCUCUUCGAGAGGUACGAGAUCCUGGACAAGAAUUUCGAGAGCGAGGUCACCUGUCUCGCGGUGGUCAGGCACAAGAAUACCGUGCGAUUUCUCGGGUACUCCUCUGAAACGCAGCAAGUACUGAUGCCAUAUGACGGGAAGCAUGUCUUGGCAGAUGUGCGGCAUAGGCUGCUCUGCUUCGAGUACAUGCCCAAAGGGUGCCUUCCUGACUAUCCCUCCGAUGCAUCUUGUCAACUUCAAUGGACCACAUGUUACCAAAUAAUCAAGGGCAUCUGUGAGGGCGUACAUUAUCUUCAUCAGCAACGUAUUAUUCACAUGGACCUCAAACCUCAGAAUGUACUAUUGGAUGAUAACAUGGUGCCCAGAAUAGCGGAUUUCGGUCUAUCACACCGCUUAAGUGGGAGCCGGAGUCGGGCUAUUACUGAAAACAAGCUUGGGACGAUGGGAUAUAUGGCACCAGAAUUCUUAAAUAAUGGAGAAAUUACCUGCAUGGCAGACAUAUAUAGUUUGGGUGUUAUAAUCAUGGAGAUCCUUAUGAGACAUAAGGAAUGCUCUAAUGUUGAGGAGGUAGUUGAAAGUUGGGCAAACAAGUUCGGGGUAUCAGAGAGCCAGACAACAUUGGAACAAGUAAAAGUAGGUGCUGAGAUAGGGAUAAAAUGCAUGAACUAUGACCCAAGGAAUAGGCCUGCUACAUGGUUUAUCAUUCGUGGAAUACUGGGUGAAGCGGAAAUUUCAAACUGGUCUAUUACAAGUGAUGUAGCUACCUCGACAGAAGGGCAGAUAGGCUUUGCCUCCAAGUUGGUGGAUGAAUUGAAGUUCAUGGAUGAUUCCGCUGCAGCAUCCGAACUGCAGCCAUCAGUGCUGGAGGUAGAGCAGGAGGAUGGCAAAGUGAGCCUAGAGAGUAAGGGGAAGGCAACAGCAGUGACUGUGGCGACUGGGGUGAGCACCCUCAGUGCCAAGCUUGCCAAGCUCAUGGGUGACGAGUACAUUAAGCGCAAAGAGGUGAGGAAGCAGGCGUCCUUCCUCAAGGAGUUGAGCACCAUAAACGCUGUCCUUGAGCAGCUGGAGCUCAUGAUUGAGCUCGCUCCAGCAGUAAAAAAUUGGAGGGAUGAUGUCAGGGAGAUCUCCUAUGACAUGGAGAAUUGCAUUGAUGACUUCAUGCGCCAAUUUGGAGGUGAGGAUGCUGAAGCAAGCUUCACCAGGGAGGCUGCUGAACUUCACAAGAGGUUGUGCGAGCUUCAUAGGAUUGCCAACCAGAUGGAAGAGCUCAGGACUCUUGUGGUAGAAGCAAAUGCUCGACGUGAGAGCUACAAGAUUGAUGAUUGCAAGCCUAGCUUUGUGGGUGUCGACCCUCGGCUGUCAGCAGUCUACCAGGAGGCAACUAGUCUUGUGGGCAUUGACGGCCCAAGGGAGGAGGUUGCCAAUUGGUUGAUGGAUACUCAGAAAAAACUCAAGGUUGUGUCUGUUGUUGGUUUUGGAGGUCUGGGUAAAACUACACUUUCCAAACAGGUAUAUGAUAAGAUCAGGGGGCAUUUCAAGAGUGUGGCAUUCAUUUCAGUUUCACAGAAGCCUGAUAUGAGAGUGCUUCUCAGUCGCCUACAAUUGAAACUUGGGAUAAGUGUGUCUUCUCAUGAUUGCGGGUUUGAAGACAUCAUUGAAGAGCUAAUGAAGUAUCUCGCAGAUAAAAGGUACCUUAUUGUACUUGAUGACUUGUGGGAUCAAUCAGCAUGGAAUACUAUUAGUCUUGCUUUUCCAGAAAAUGGAAAUGGGAGUAGAAUAAUAGUAACGACACGAGUGGAAGAUGUGGCUAGUGUGGCCUGUCACAAUGACCGUAAGUGCAUUUACACAAUGAAGCCCCUCAAUGAACAGAAUUCAAGAAUGUUAUUCUCGAACAGAGUAUUUGGGUCUGAAGUUGUUUGUCCACUGUACUACCAACAUCCACCCUAUCUUAAAGACGUUGCGGCUGAAAUUCUGAAGAAGUGUGGCGGAUUGCCUCUUGCAAUUAUCACUAUAGCUAGCCUAUUAGCUACUCAAGUGAGGUCAAGGAAACACUGGGAGAGCAUAAGGAAAUCUCUGGGUGCCCAAUCUACCACAAAUCCUUCAUUGAAAGAGAUGAAUAACAUAUUAAACCUUAGCUACACGCAUCUUCCUCUUCAUCUCCGGGCAUGUUUUUUGUACCUUGGUAUGUAUCCUGAGGACCACAUUAUAUGGCGGGAUCAUCUUGUUAGACAAUGGAUAGCUGAAGGCUUCGUCAGCAGUUUGCAUGGGUCAGAUUUGGAGGAUAUUGGCAGGAGUUACUUCAAUGAGCUCGUCAAUAGAAGUAUGAUUCAGCCAUCAAAAACUGAGUAUGGAGAGGUGUUGUCUUGCACAGUACAUGACAUGAUGCUUGAUUUGAUCCUAAUCAAGUGUGUAGAAGACAAUUUUCUAAGUGUGGCGUACAAUUCUGAGGACAUGGCAAGACUGAUGCAUGGCUGCAAGUACAAUGUUCGCAGAUUAUCCCUGAGCUCCAUGGCUAUUGGUGGAGCAACAUAUGAGUAUGAUAUGGCUAUUGCUGCUAGACUGCCACAAGUUCGGUCAUUUAUAUUGUUUGAGAAUCCCAUACCACCUUUUUUGUGGUUCAAGUAUCUCAGGGUGCUCAUCAUUGUUAGGGGAAAGGAUACAGUUGACCUCACUGCCAUUAGCCAACUGUUUCAGCUGAGGUGUGUGAUGGUUAGAGUCGAUGGGAAAAUAGAGCUCCCUACUGAACUUGGUAAGCUUGUUUACUUGGAGACACUGGACAUACAGAAAUGCAGGCUGGUAAAGAGCAUCCCUUCAGAUAUAGUUCAUUUGCCCCGCCUGUCCUAUCUGGGUCUUCCAAAUUGUACAGACCUGCCGGAAGGUAUCGAUAAUAUGAAAUCACUGCGUACUCUGCAAGAGUUUGACCUGGAAAAGAUCUCCCUGAAGUAUAUUAUGGGUCUCAGCGAGCUGACCAAUCUGAGGGAACUGAGUGUGAAAAAAGAGUUCAGUUUGGGGACGCAAAAAGUUGAUGCUUUGGCCUUCUCCAUUGGAAAGCUCCGUAACCUCGAAUGUCUGCGCAUCUUUGGUUGCCAUCUUGAGAGUGAGAACCUGCAGCUGGGCUCAUUAUCCAAUCCUUUUCAACAUAUGGAGCGACUUUGCAUGAGAACAUGGUGGUUCUGCAGAGUUCCGAAAUGGAUGGAUGGUCUCCAUUGUCUGCGCGUCCUUGAGCUGCAGGUUGAGACGUCAACUGAGGAGAUUCAUCUUCUUGGAGAGCUUCCCUCCCUCGUCUACCUCAACUUUGGAGCGGGUAAAAUCCCUGCUGAAAGAGCUAUAUUAGGCACAGGACUAUUCCUAGUUCUGGAGUAUUUUUAUUCUAGUUCUCGGAAAGACAUUACAGCGUACCUGGGGUUCGAAGCAGGGGCUAUGCCCAACUUACGAAUCCUUUGUCUCAGUGUGGUGCAUUGGGGUGGUACCAUACCAGUCGGCAUGGAGCACCUGUUACACCUCCAGGAGAUCCGACUUGACGGGGCCUCUCAUGAUGUUGUGUGCGCGUUCAAGGAGGCUUCGCUGGUGCACCCAAACCGCCCUUCCGUUAGUAGACUGGGCUCAAGCCUAGAAAUAAUGGGAAGAUGGUAGUAACUGCAAGCAGCUACCACUUGUGCAAACUCUAUGGCCCAUCUUGGAUGAAACUAUUUUGUGUUACCAUGUUUCUGAACAUCGCAACAACACAAGCUUUUGCUUAGGGAGCAGCUCUGCCGAUUGAAUAGGUUCACAGGGUGUUGGUACACGUCAGAAGUAUUUGGUUGAAGACAAUUAUCGACCAUUUAGCCAAGGAGACGGCACCUCCUUGUAACACGUCAGAAGCACUUCUGUACUGACAGCAGCAUGCAGGUGAAAGAAAUCAGUACACUAGAGCCAGUGGUGACAACAGUUUCAUAGAGACGCAGCUUGGAGAACAUGCACAGUAUUUGUCUGUCAACACGAUUGAAUGACCACUAGGAAUAAGGUCUAUCGGCGUGGUUGAUUGAUGUCCACGGCGUGAUUGAUUUGGCUACCCUGUUUGAGGCGGCUCAACAGCAUUAGUGCUGUUGCUUCUGAUGUCAUGCAUGAUGACUCUUGAUUCUUGAAUGGGUCUGGAAUGAUAAUAGACAUAUAAACUAAAAACAGCGAAGAUGAAUUAUUCAAGAAUGCCAUAUUAUUCCAAGAAAAGCUCUGAGCUGCUUGAGAAUGGAUGAUGUAUUUAUUUUAAACUUGGCAAUUCAUUUGUGAGUCUGAACAUUUGCCACAGCGAGCAGGACUGAAUCCCAGCUAGUAUCAUACAUAAUCUUUGUCUACUGGUUUUUACAUUGCUAAUACCUGUAUAGUUUUUCCAGUUUCUUGGCUCCAAGAUGGUCUGGUUCAUCUCUCUCUCUCUUUUCAGAUAGCACUGAUGAACGCAAAGAUUCAACACCAGUAACAACUACACAAUGGAAGCUGGGGAAGUGGGAACACUGCUUAUCAUAUAUGUCAAACUUGUUGCAGGCAAGGAGGACUACGUCCUUUCAGGUGCUUGGGAAGAACAUGGCACACUCCAGAAUUUCAGAUACUUUGGCAUGGCCGGCCUCAAGAGAUGUCUUCAAGAUGAGCAAGGAAUUUGCGCGACGUGUUUAGGUAGUCUAAUCAAGCUG